AGUUGGAUAUGCCUGUUCAUUGUCAUUGUCAAUGUCGAAAAAGACUCUCCACUCCACUCCUUACUCCCAACCCAACCGUGCGCAUGCCUAUUUUUACACAUGUAAAAUAAUAUCUAAUACCAAACUUCAUAGGACAUUUAUUUACUAUAUAUAUCUAUUUUCUAUGUCCAUCUCCCACCGUUGCUUUUUGGUUUUGGUUCUUUGGCCUUUUGAGACAUUUCAAAAGCCAUAAACUCUUUCUCUGCACACACAGAUUCCUUCCAAAAAGAGAGCGGCAACGAUGAGGCGUUACGUCUCCAAAUUCCUUGCUUGCCCUUUGCCUUUCACAAAAUCCAAUUUUUUCCUGGUCAAUUGUGAGGUUGAAUCAUAUUAUGCAUCCAGAGAGAGUAAUAGUCAAGGUUUAGUCCGUAGUUAUCUGAAUGGAUCCUUCGCAAAGAUGUAUGCUACUUCUUGUGCUACUUUGUCAGAUGAUACUUCAAAAGAUAGUCCUGUUUCCGAUAUGCUAAUUGAUUCAUUUGGAAGGCUGCACACUUACUUGAGGAUCUCCUUGACAGAGCGUUGCAAUCUGCGAUGUCAUUAUUGUAUGCCAGCGGAGGGUGUGGAGCUCACUCCAAGCCCUCAACUACUCUCACCGAAUGAGAUUGUUCGACUGGCAAAUCUGUUUGUAAGCUCUGGAGUGGAGAAAAUUCGUUUGACUGGGGGGGAGCCAACCAUUAGGAAGGAUAUUGAAGACAUAUGUCUACAGUUGUCGAACUUGAAGGGACUAAAGACAUUGGCCAUUACUACCAAUGGAAUUACUCUCGCAAAAAAACUUCCAAAGCUGAAAGAGUGUGGGCUUACAUCUGUGAAUAUCAGCUUAGACACUUUGGUGCCAGCUAAGUUUGAAUUCAUAACCCGACGCAAAGGACAUGAAAGGGUUAUGGAAUCAAUCAAUGCUGCUGUAAACCUUGGAUACAAUCCCGUGAAGGUAAAUUGCGUUGUAAUGCGUGGUUUCAAUGAGGAUGAGAUUUGUGAUUUCAUAGAGUUAACACGUGAAAAGCCAAUUAAUGUUAGAUUCAUUGAGUUCAUGCCUUUUGAUGGGAAUGUUUGGAAUGUCAAGAAACUUGUACCCUACUCUGAAAUGUUGGAUAGAGUGGCAAAACAGUUUACAGGCCUAAAGAGACUUAAGGAUCACCCGACAGACACAGCAAAGAAUUUCAGGAUAGAUGGGCAUUGUGGUUCAGUUUCGUUUAUCACAUCAAUGACUGAACAUUUUUGUGCUGGAUGCAAUAGAUUGAGACUUUUAGCUGAUGGGAACUUCAAAGUUUGCUUAUUUGGUCCUUCAGAGGUUAGCUUAAGAGAUCCCCUGCGGCUUGGUGCUGAUGAUGAUGUGCUGAGAGAAGUAAUUGGGGCAGCGGUGAAGAGAAAGAAAGCUUCACAUGCUGGAAUGUUUGACAUUGCAAGGACCGUAAAUAGGCCUAUGAUACAUAUUGGUGGCUAAAUUUAGAUAUUGCCCUUAUCAAAAAUGUCUUUAGUUUGUUUACUUUGUACUUGUAUUUGUAAAAAUUUUCAUUCUAGAAUUUAAUGAGGCUUUCCUUUUAGUUUCAA